UUUUCUUCCGAGCCAAGUAGCCUCGCCUCGGAACCUCGAACUUUCGUCGCGGUGCUGGUUUGGUUAGUCGGUCUGGUUCGUUUUUCCAUCUUUUGCGUGUGUGCGAGCACGGACAUGAUACACAAGACGGAUUAAAAUAUGUCUGGCAUAUUCAGGAUAUUAUCCAAGAGGACACUGUUUCGCCUUAACGCAGAGGUCAAAUCUCCUUGCCUCCAAACAACUGAUCGGUUCAUCAUGACAACUCCUGCCCUGAAAGCCAAAGAAGCAGUAGAUGCCUUGAAGGGAAACCCAUACUUCGAAAAAUAUGCGAAGAAGAUAGCCCAACUUCAGCAGACGUCUCCUGAAGAACUCCUGAGUCGACUAGAAGCGUUUAAAAAAGAUGAAGUUGAAAGCGGUCUAAAAUCCAAUCAAGAAGAGAGAGCAUUCUCAAAACCUGCCCCUGCUAAACCUGGUCAUGCUUUAGGACUGACAAAGCCAAAGGUGUUAAGUGAUAUCAUGAAGACAGAAUUGCUGCUGGACAAGACUCCCGACGAAAUCAAGUCAAUCUGGAUAGAUUAUCACAAGUCUAAAGAUGUGAUUGCGGCAACAAUCCCAUCUGACAUCUAUGACAAGUUAUAUCAGCGCAGCCUCGAACAUCCCACAUUCCUGCUUGCAUUGCCCAGGAGCCAAGGUUACGAAUUUAUUGUCUGUCAAUUCGCUAGCAAUGAAAUUCAUUUCACACCUUUAAUAAGCUAUCAAGCUCAUAAAGAGAAUGCUCCUGAGUGUUUGACUAUAACUCAUUAUGUUGAUCUCAAAGACGAUAAAAAGAUUGUGUUAAUGAAAGGAGAAUUUAACAAAGAGAUCGUAAAUGCAACAGAAGCACUAUGUCUUGCUAAUCAGAUACAACUUUAUUAUGGUCAAGAUGAUGAAAAACGUCAACUAAUCAUGGACAGAUUCACGAAUAAACCCCUUGAAUUUAAGCACAUGGACCUGAUUGCCCAACUUGAAUGUUUAUCCAUUUAAUUAUAUUUUUUUGUAGUUUCUCUAAAUUUUCUUCGCCUAUUGUAUUGCUAUAAUGUACUAGAAAGGAAUAUGGCAGUAAAUAAAGAUAUAAUAAAGAAGGA